AAUGGCUAUGUCCGAAAGGUGAAAAAUGUUUGGGAGGAAAACUGUGCAAAGAAAGAUUGACUGUUUUUCUGUGUGGUUUUAUGUCAGAUGAAAUGGAGAAAACCUUAGUGAUGGCAAGGCAGCAAAGCCUAGAUGCUUCUGAAACAUGGACACAUGUCCGAAAGGUGAAAAAUGUUUGGGAGGAAAACUGUGCAAAGAAAGAUUGACUGUUUUUCUGUGUGGUUUUAUGUCAGAUGAAAUGGAGAAAACCUUAGUGAUGGCAAGGCAGCAAAGCCUAGAUGCUUCUGAAACAUGGACAUACAGAAACUUCCCGUUGAGUGGAGAUCCAACAAAAAGGCAUGGAUGACGUCACAGAUCAUGGAGGAAUGGUUAACGGCCUUCAAUGGUAGAAUGAAAACGCAAAACCGGCAUGUUUUGUUGUUGGAUAACGCAACAUGCCACCCCCAUAUCGAACUUUCUAACGUGCGACUUGCUUGGUUCCUUCCAAACACCACUAGUGUUCCUCAACCAAUGGAUCAGGGCAUCAUUCGGAAUGUUAAGGUCCACUAUCGUAAAUGACUAUAUUAAUGCAAUCUUUGCUCGUCAAUAUAGAUUCUACAUCAUCCGCCUCUGAACUUGCAAGAACUGUCGGUCCUAGAUGCGGUUAUUUGGAUAAGUCAAGCAGUAAAGAAGUUGUUACCAGAAUCUGUGACAAAGUGUUUCGAAAAAGCAGGAUUUUCUACGGUAGAAGUUACUCCUAGUGUAGAAAAUGAGAAUGACUAGAAGGACUUACAACAUUGCAUGAAUGAAGCUGCUUUCAGUAACUGCAAUGCUGAGGACUACAUCAACAUAGACAAAGAUGUACAAACAGAACCAGACACAAUGGAUAUCGAUGUAUUAGUUGAGAAUUUUAGAGAUUAUCGAAAAGGAAGAGAGGAGGAGGAGGAGGAAGAGGAAGAGGAAGAGGAAGAAGAGGAAAAUGACAUUGUGAUAGAAGAAGAAAAGUGUAGAGUGAAGACUUGUCAGGAUGCUGCCAACAAUUUAAAGGUACUGCAGGAGUUUGCCAUGCAACGGAAUGAUUCAGACAUGCUUACUCUACUUUCUCAAGCUAAAGUGUUUGUGGAAAGUCAGGCAGCCAAGAGAGUAAACUGCGUCCAAAAAAGUCUGCCGAGUUCUGGUAAAAUUAUAAAAAUUGAGUACUGCAAUUUUUUCCUGUUCAGUGUAAUGUUUGUACAUGUUCAAUGAUUAUAACGUG